AUGGAGGAGGGAGAAGAAGAAGAAGAAGAAGAAGAAGGUCUGGUCACCCCCGGGGAGUUCUUGGGCGAGUCCACCCUUCUGGUUGCCGGGCGAGGCGCCUACCUCGCGCCAGACGGCCGCAAGAUAUACGCCUCCCUCGCCGGCCGCCGCAGCGUCACGCCCCCUGUCCAUGGCUCUGCAGAACCGGUAGGUUCCCCCUCUUCAUCCUCCUUGGAUUCUCCUGCAUCAUCGCCAUUGAUGGGGUUUUCCCGUCUUCUCCGCAGAGGGCGACGGUCGAAGUGGUCGGGCACAAGUCCCAUGGCGCCGUUCCGAAACCGGGCUCCAUGGUCGUCGGUCGGGUAAGCCAUCUCAUGUUCGACCUUGGUUCCCAAAGAAGUUCCAUUCCCCAUGAUGUACUCCUCCCAAGAGGCUGAGUAGUUCUGCUGUGUGGAUGGAAUUUUCGUUGUUUUUUUUCUUUUCCCCUUGCUUUCCUUGCCUUCUACGCAGGUCACGAAGGUGAUGGCCAGAUUAGCUUCAGUUGACAUCAUGUGCGUUGACUCCAAAUCUGUUCGGGAGACGUUUACGGGCAUCAUCAGGUGGACCUCUUCUCCUUGCUGAAACAGAAAGACUGGCCCUGAUGUCCCGUCUAAAUCUACCAACAGAAAACGUGUUAACUAUAGUGUAUUUGGCGGAACUUGGGCAUAUUUCACUUUUAGCGCACAGACAAAAACCUGGGAGUUAGCUCCAUACCUGCUGCCUGAUUCAGCUCAUCUUUGUCUUUGAUACGUAAUCAGGGUGGUUUGGUUCUUGUUGCAAUAGUUCUUUCACGAAAUUUUUAGGCUGUGGGUUGGGGAAAAAAUGAUUUCUUUAAGUCAGUCUAUGGAGAUGCAAGGGCACCAUUGGGAUCAUUUCCGUUCCACCUUCAUCAUCUGUGGGAGAAAUCUCGUCGAAUUUGCCUUGACUGACUACCCGCUUCGAUAAACAUGCAAAGAAAAAUAAAGAUCUCUCUGGGAAAAUCUUUGUUCCCUCGGUGGGAUUUUUUCUAUCUGAACAGCUAGUUCUUCAGGUAGUCAACGCAAUGAUUUUUUAAAAAUCUUUGUUCCCAUUGGCGGUAUGUUUAAGCGCCAUUUUUCUGCAAGAACUGAUAAUUUCAAUACUUUUAAAGCACGAAAACCUGGUUUUCCCGAGUAAAUAACGUGCGCUUUUUAUGCUGCAUAGUUUCUUCUUUUCUCUUAUGAUAAAUACUUUUUUUAAUAUGUUACGGUUAAUAAUAAUCUUUGACGAAGGAAUUAUCUUCUCUUCUGCUUACAGGCAACAGGAUGUCCGGGCCACUGAAAUCGAUAAAGUGGAUAUGUACCUGUCCUUUCGUCCUGGAGACAUCGUGAGGGCAUUAGUGGUAUCCUUUGGACGCUUGAAUUCCCGUUCUCCUUUAUGAAAAUUCGGCCUUUUUUCUCGGAAAGUCUACUGCUUUCUCUACAUUUGUUCAUGGGUCACCGAUUCCCUCUCUCUCUCUCUCUCUCUCUCUCUCUCUCUCUCUCUCUCUCUCUCUCUCUCUCUCUCUUAGGUUAGCAUGAAGGGGUAGCAUUUUCUUCCGAAGAUCAGCCCUCAGUCUAGAUUUAUGAAGCUUCAGUCUCUGGAUGAGCAUGAUGCCCAUCCAGUGCGAUGGGCUUCUGUUUCUUUGACCCACCUGUUCAUCUUCCAGCAAGAUGCCAGGGAAAAAGGAGACCGAUAAAGCAUAUCUUCUUGUGUUUAUCCCCAGUGAUUGAAAACAAUAAUAUUCCAUGUUAUUUGCUCAGAAUUAAGGUUUUCCCAGCACUCUCCUUCGUCGUCUCCUGGUUUAGAGAGUUGGAUUACCAUGGUUGAUCCAAUGGAAUUGGGGUAAUCAUAGAAGAAACUCGGACCCACCACCCUACUAGAUGAGCCCAAUUGGAAUCGGACCGAUGUAACAACAGUCAAUGCCACCAGACUGUGAAAUACCAACCCUUCUCUCCCAUUCUAUCUUUUUUUUUGUGAUCAUUCACGGCGGAAGAGCCCUCCAACAGCUGAAGUCAACAGGCAUUGUUGACCUUGACCACCAUGUGAAAGCUUUCUCUUGGGGACGCGAGGGCCUACUAUCUCUCUACUGCGAAGAACGAGCUGGGCGUUUUGUCUGCCCAGAGCUCGGCUGCUGGUAAGGAACAUUAUCUUCAACAUCAAUCUUCAACAUGCCAGUCGGCCCACGAAGCUUAUACGGAUGGGGUGCCUCCCUCUGGUGGCUGCAGGAGCCGCGAUGGUACCCAUCAGCUGGACGGAGAUGCAGUGCCCAGUGACCGGCCAGGUCGAGCAGAGGAAGGUCGCCAAAGUUACCUAG